AUGACUAUUGUGUCCUCAGUCGGCACGUUUCUUAAGCGCCACCGCCGCAAACUGCUUGUCUCGGCCGGCAUCGUGGCUUCAGGUUACUUGGCCAUUGAUUAUCUUAAGAAUAAGUUUUUUGAGCUUCAAGAUCGACUUGCCAGUGAGCGUACUGCUAAAGAAAAUUUGAGACGAAGAUUUGAUCAGAACCAAGAGGAUGCAACAUUCACAAUCAUGGCGUUAUUACCAGGAUUAUCCGCAGACAUUAUUGACGCAUAUCCAGUUGAAAGUAUCACUCAACAACUGCAACAAAAACGCUCGGCAGCAAGUCGGUCAGUAGUAUCAGCAGAGGGAGCCCCUUCAGAAACUGGAUCCGAAAGUGUGGCCGGUGCUAUGGCCCCAACAACAACUACAGUGGAAGGAGAAGCAUCUGCGGUACUUGUAGAAACUCGUCCACGAGCAUCGAAAUCGCAACUGUGGCAGGAACUUAAGAUUGAAGCAAUUGCGCGAUUGUUUACGUUAAUCUAUUCUACGGCCCUUCUUGUUUUCUUGACUCGUGUGCAGCUUAAUAUUCUCGGAAGAAAGAACUAUGUUGUUUCUGUGAUUGAACUUGCAGACUCACGGAGACCCACAGGAGGAUCUGGUGAGAGUAGCAGCGAUGGAGAAGUUGAAGAAGAUGCAGAUGAAAGAGCAGAAAGAGAGGCUGCAACAAACAGACUUUACCUCAUGUUUUCCUGGUGGCUUCUAAACCGAGGCUGGCUAGUACUAAAGGAGCAAGUGACGACUGCCGUUGAGCGGGUAUUCGGACCAAUCAAUCCGCGUGCCGACUUAACGCUGGAAAAGCUUUCGGAACUUAUUGGCCAAGUGCAGUAUUUGAUUGAUUAUCCGUUUGAUUCUACGGUAGCUCAAAACUUUUUGCAUAACUUGAUACCCCCAGAAGAAUUAGAAACUUAUGUGUUGGCACAAGCUCAACAAGAUCCAAGUGCUGAAACGGAAGAACUUGCGCCUGGGUUGCGUGAAUUGUUGGAUGAAACUGCAGAUUUGGUUGAGUCACCAAAUGCUGGUGAGGUGAUUAAACGAUUGGUUCAUACAGGACUUUCUAUAUCAGUGAGCAAGAUUUCACAGUUAUACCCAGUUGAAGAAGUUAAAGAAGAAGAUGAAGAAGAAGAAAAGAAAUUGGAAGAGAAAGAAGAGGAAGAAAAGGAGAAUGAUGAAGAUGAAAAAGAAGAAAAUAGAAAAGAAAUCUCACCGGCAACUGUUAAACUGGCAAGUAUUUUGGCCAACAUUUCUAAACAAGCUCAUGGGGUUGGGGCCGGAACACCUUUAGAACCUAGUGAGUAUGUGACCGCUAUGGCCAAUGUUCCGGACUUGAAUGCCUUUUCUGCGGUUGUUUAUUCCAACUUUGACUGGCGAGAAUUAGACAGCAAGUAA